GGGCCACGCCUGCCUCCUUCUUGGGGCAAUCUUAAGUGCUCCUCUGAUAGAGAUAGAUGGGAGUUACCUGGUGAUUCUAUGGACUUGGCAGUAAUCCCGUAUUUCUUGUGCAGCCUUUUAUCACACCAGUGAUUACAUAUUUACCACACUGCACAUUAAAUAACCAUCCACAGUUGGGCUGUGGCACAAAUCGUUUGAAAGUGUGGGGCAGGCACUGGUGAAGACACAGGUUUCCUUCCCUGGAGGCACUCACCUGAUCCCUGCAGGAAUGGCCCCGGGGCUCAGGGCUUCUCCACCAGCUGUGGUCCUGCUCCUGUCCCUGCUGGGUCUGGCUGCUGCUGGGAAGCUCCUGGUGGUGCCGAUGGAUGGGAGCCACUGGCUCAGCAUGCGGGAAGUGCUGGACAUCCUGACGCAGAGGGGACACGAGGUGGUCGUGGUGGCGCCUGAAGUCUCCUUGCACAUCAAACCAUCAAAGACCUUUGUGAUGAAAAUGUACUCGGUUCCCUACACAAAGGAGGAGAUGGAGAAAGAUUUCAAGGCAUUCUUUCAGGUUUCAUUUGAAGAGGGAUCUUUUUUUGAAAGAUUUUUUAAAGUAUUUGAAGGUAUGAAAAGAAUCACUAAAUUGGAGGUCUCCAGCUGUGAACAUCUCCUGCAAAACAAAGAGCUCAUCAGGUACCUUGAGGAGAGCAAGUUUGAUGCUGUCCUUACAGACCCAUUUCUACCCUGUGGGGCAAUUCUGGCUGAGCAUCUUUCCCUUCCUUCCAUGUAUUUCUUACGAGGAGUCCCAUGUGGGUUAGAUUUUGAAGCCACUCAGUGUCCCAGGCCCCCUUCCUAUGUGCCCAGGAUACUUACACACCUUACAGACCACAUGACUUUUCUCCAGCGGGUGAAGAACCUGCUCUUUGACAUCCCAAAUAUUUUCCUCUGUGAUUUUGUCUUUCAAUCCUACUCAAAACUGGCAUCCGAGUUCCUGCAGCGGGAGGUGACUGUGCUGGAUCUUUUACGCAAGGGCUCUGUUUGGCUCCUGAGGUUAGAUUUUGUACUCGAUUACCCAAGGCCUUUGAUGCCCAGUAUCAUUCCAAUUGGAGGAGUAAACUGUGCUCACAAGGAGCUACCGCAGGUGGGUCUGGUUUUAAUCCAUGCCCUGAUGGAUUUCUGUGUUAAGGAGGGGGGAAUUCUGUGUUAUGAUAAAAAUCAAAUUCCUAUUUUCUGCUGAGGUGAAUCCUCAUGACAGGAACUA